AUGAUGAUCAUAACACUCAAUUCUCCUGUCUCAUUCUAUUUCAUCAUCGUCCUUAGUUUACUCUUCAUCAAUGGAAGUAAUGGUGCUACAAUCACUAUCGUAAACCGAUGCAGCUUCACUGUCUGGCCGGGAGUUUUGGCCAACUCCGGAAGCGGCAGCGUAGGAACCACCGGUUUUGAGCUCGUCUCCGGUGGUUCACGUUCGUUCCAAGCUCCGGCUAGCUGGUCGGGUCGGUUUUGGGCAAGAACCGGUUGCAGUUUUGACUCAGACACAGGACAAGGAUCGUGCUUAACCGGAGACUGCGGCUCUAACCAAGUCGAAUGUAACGGCUCCGGAGCCAAACCGCCAGCUACACUAGCCGAAUUCACAAUCGGGUCAGGUCCAGAAGACCCAUCCCGAAAGCAAGACUUCUACGACGUGAGCCUCGUGGACGGUUACAACGUUCCCAUGGUUGUGGAAGCUAGUGGAGGAUCAGAAGGUAGUUGCUUGACGACCGGAUGCGUAGCGGAUCUAAACCAGAAAUGUCCAACGGAGCUCCGGUUCGGAUCCGGGUCAGCGUGCAAAAGCGCGUGCGAGGCGUUUGGUAGUCCUGAAUAUUGUUGCAGUGGCGCGUACGCUUCACCCACAGUGUGUAAACCGUCGGUUUACUCGGAGAUAUUCAAAUCAGCGUGUCCAAGAUCGUAUAGCUACGCGUUCGACGAUGCCUCGAGUACGUUUACAUGUACUUCUGCAGAUUACACCAUCACUCUUUGCCCUUCCUUGCCUAGGUAG